GAACACAGUUUAAAGUGGUAAUUAAAGCACUUUCUCCAAAAGAAGUCACCAGAAUUUACACCCCUCACCCUUUGGAUAGAAAUGAUGGCACCUUUCUUAUGCGGUAUCGGAUGUACGGGAGUGUCAGAAAAGGGUUAAAAAUUGAGAUACUUUAUGGUGAUCAGCAUGUAGCUCAAUCUCCUUAUAUUUUGAAAGGACCAGUUUAUCACGAAUAUUGUGACUGUCCUGAAGAAGACCCUGAGAUCUGGCAGAACGUUAUGUCUUGUCCAUCCCAAGAACCGCAGAUUACAAAGGACUUCAUUUCUUUUCCCACCAUUGACCUUCAGCGAAUGCUUAAGGAAAUCCCAACAAAGUUCAGUCAAACAAGAGGUGCUAUUGUUCAUUACACUAUUCUCAAUAAUCACAUCUACCGUCGCUCCUUAGGGAAGUAUACAGACUUCAAAAUGUUCUCCGAUGAAAUGUUCCUGUCACUGGCAAGAAAGGUUCGUCUUCCUGAUGUGGAGUUUUAUCUUAAUGUUGGAGAUUGGCCAGUUGAGUAUCGGAAAGCUAAUGAUACCCCUGGUCCUAUACCUGUCAUUUCGUGGUGUGGCUCUGUGGAUUCAAGAGAUAUAGUCCUUCCAACGUAUGAUGUAACCCACUCAACUCUUGAAACCCUACGUGGAGUCACAAACGAUCUCCUUUCUAUUCAAGGAAAUACAGGCCCUUUCUGGGAAAACAAAACUGAGCGAGCUUUAUUUAGAGGUCGAGACAGCCGAGAAGAACGUCUCCAUCUUGUCAAGUUAUCCAAGGAAAAUCCAGAACUGCUAGAUGCUGGAAUAACAGGAUAUUUCUUCUUCAGAGAAAAAGAAAAAGAGCUGGGAAAGGUUCAGCUGAUGGGCUUCUUUGACUUCUUUAAGUACAAAUACCAAGUGAAUGUAGAUGGGACCGUAGCAGCUUACAGGUUUCCAUACCUCUUGCUGGGUGACAGCCUAGUAUUGAAGCAAGAUUCCCAGUACUAUGAACACUUUUAUAUCGGAUUAAAACCUUGGAAACAUUAUGUUCCAGUUAAGAGAAACUUGGAGGACUUGCUAGAGAAAAUAAAAUGGGCUAAGGAAAAUGAUGAAGAAGCAAGAAAAAUUGCUAAAGAAGGACAAUUAAUGGCAAGAGAAUUACUUCAGCCUCACAGGUUUUACUGCUACUAUUAUAAAGUGCUCCAGAAAUAUGCCCAAUGCCAAGCCAGCAAACCUGAAAUACGGGAUGGAAUGGAACUUGUACCUCAGCCUGAUGACAGAGACUCAGUAUGCAGUUGCCACAGGAUAAAGCCUUUAAGGGAAGAUCUAUAACUGUACCGGAUGGAGAAAAUCACCCACUUCCAAUGCAAGAAUUUAAAUAGGAAUUAAGCUGUGAAAUCUAAGACACUUAUGCACUAGCAAACAUUCUUAGUUAUGUAUUCUUCCUGUAUUUACAUAUCCUUUUUCACACUGACUCUGAUCUACAACAUUGGUUCCCACAAUUUGGUCUUCAUGACCACCACUAGACAGAUACUGAGCCUGUAAUGGGCAACGUCUAGGGGAUUUGUUUGAUGUACUGCAUCAUCAGGAAGAAGAGUGCCGUGCUGCUCGUGUUCCAGCUGGGACCUAGAUACCAAAGUUUUAAGAGGAACCAGUCAUCCACAAAAGAUCUUCCAUGAGUCAGUGCAAGUUAUUCUAAAGGAGCAUUUGCAACAUACUAAACCAGUGUUAUGAUUUCUUCAUAAAGUUUACCUCAGUGUUAGAUUGUUUCUUGUAUACAAAACAAUUUUCUAACUAGACAAAGAAAAUGAAUAUUUGAGAUUUACAGAUAUCAAAUCAGGUGUUGCUUUGAGAUUAUUUUGUGGUCUAUCACAGACAACAGAACAGAGUACAUAAUAUAAUAUUUAUCAAUUCCAGAGGAAAAUGGAGAGGAGGGGGAGAGAUCAGCAUAUUUUUAUAAGCACCAAGGCUGUGAAUCACCAAAAUUAAAUGCUGUUUUAAAGCAGAAUGUGCAGCUAUCACAAUCACAGUGCUUUGAGUGCCAAGACAUCACUCUGAAGAGCUGUUCCCUGCCAAUGACCAUGUCUGUGAAUAUCAGCACAGAUCCACCAAAGGACUUACUUAAGAACUUCAGGUGAGGCCAGGUGAAAUACUGGUGUCUUAGUUCAACAAUACAGUCUACAGUAUUCUAGGCUACUUUGUAUUCACGCAUCUGAAAUUUGUUAGUAGAGUUUUAGACUGCCUAAGUUUAACCUCACUGCAGACCUAAGGAUGCCACCAUCUUUUUCACUUAGGUUCAUGAACUGUGCCUAAGUCCCCAAAGGAAUCCUAUACAUUUUCUGAAUUUAGAUCAUACCUAACCUUAUACUGAGAUCAGACAGCAGAACAGACUUCAUUGUUUUGGUUCAAACAUAUAACAGAAAAACCUAUGCUGCAUUUUCUAUGUAAUAGUCCAGGGGUUAGAGACCAUACUAAGCACUUGGGAAGCCAAUUGUCCUCCUUGGUUUGAUUCAAAGCCAUUUUUCCAGAGUGUCUUGGCUCCAGACUGGAGGGGAGGUCUUCAAGUCUUCCACUGAAGUUGUGCAGCUAUGGAGCUAACAAUACAAAAUUCACAGGGCCAGAAGGAGCUGGUCUUACCAUUGCAAUAAGGCGUGCCUUUGGGUGGGACGGAGGAAAAAUUCUAGUCCUGGAUGUCCUAGUCCAAUACCUCUGUUGAUUUUUACCCAAGUUUGUCUACUUGAAAAGGCAUAAACAGUCCUGGAAGGAGACACCAAUGCCAAUACCAUUAAGUAUCCAUUUCUGUCCUGUGCAUUUUUGUCUUGGCUAAUGUAGCCUGCCUGAGCAGAUUCCUACUCAGUUACACUCAGAAAUGUCUUUGAUGGAUACCACAUUCUCCCUAUGCAAAAGGAAUGGAAACGUCUUAAGAUUGUGGGCUCAUCUGAUUUCUUAGGUGCCCGAAGAUUAGUGCUUUACACCUCACGCAGGCUUCGUUCUUGGUUCUACACUGCAAGUUACUCUCAUAAAACACAUAAAAUUUCUGCACUAGAACAGGAAGAAAGACUAGAUUUUUCAGUAUGCUAAAUAUGGAAAGAACUUCAGGUUUCUAAAGAGGUUAAUGCAACUGUCCAUCAGUUGUUUAUUACAUUAUGCCAGUUAAGAAAAAAACCUGGAACAUGUUGCUCUACCCAUCAUCCUCUUUGUUCUGGUUCUAACACUAAUAUAUAUAGUGGUUGUAUUUUUAUUUGGCACGACAAUCAGUCCUAGAACUUCAGACUAUAUGUUCAGCUCAUCUGACAUGAAAUUUUCUACAUCAGAAUUCAAGAACCAUUGCUGAAGCAGACACUUGAAACUGAGUAUAUGUUCCUCUUUCCUUCUCUGUGUACAGUUAUUUUUACUGCGUGAUAUGGUCUUAUUUUGUGAUAUUAUCCAUUAUACCAUGUGCAUUUUUUAUUCACCAGCAUUUAUGGAAGUGGUGGGCUCAGCAAAGGGAAUGAAGACACAAUGUUGAAGCAACAAAGUUUUCCACCUCUCACACACAUACUUCAAACCAAAAGUCCAAAAAUUAUCUGUUUGUAUUUUAAAAAAAUGUGAGGGAACAGGGGGAGUCAUGACGCAUACUUUAGCGUUCUUUGGAAGUAUCUAUGUAGGAAAACUUGCCUGGCUUGAAACAGAAGUCUUCCAAACUGGAAGAAGAAUCAGAUAAAAUUUAAAUGGUCAUGAAUAUAAAUAAAUGUGAGUAUUCAAUCCUUCCUUUCCCCCCAUAAAAAGGGAAAAAACCUAUUCUAAAUUCUUCUCUGCCAAAAAACCCUCCUUGCUUUUGUAAUAAGCAUCCCUUCAAAGCAAAGACUAGUUUGUCACAGAAUGCCUUCCAGAUGCUUUUAUAGUCUAGGGGCAAGAAAUAUCCUGAAAAAUAUGAAUACAUUCGUCUUCCUGCCAAAAUUAAAAAACAGUAGAGACAAGGUAGAACUUUCAUUAAAAGUGCUUAGUCAUUUGAGAAAAUCUGGUUCAAUUUAUAACUACAGAUGUUCCAAAGAUAAAAGGAGGUAAGGCAAAGCCUCUCUUCUUUCCAUUGGUGGUACUAUAUGCAAUUUAAAUUGUAAUGAAGAACAAUCGUAACAAUUGCCCCUCCAGGCCAGAAAAGAUGUCAGAUGUAUUUUAUUUUGAUGACAGGAUGAUACUCAUUGGCCUGGUGUGUUAGGAAUUGCUAAGUAUUCAGUAAGACCUGUUUGUACAAGUAAAGUGUAAUACAUACAUUACACUGUAUUUUUAAGCGACAUACAUACGCUAGAGUUUCUAGUAUUCUAUAGUAGUUCUUGAACAGCAACUGAGUAAAU